AAAAUUGUGCAAAAAAUCCCUAAUUCCUCCAAGUAAAAAUGUCGCUAGCUCCAGCCAGUGGUACGGGAAGGUUUUGGGCUCGAUCGGCGAAAAUAAUACGCUUUGUUCGUCAAGGAUGCACCAACAGACCGUUUUUCCACAUCGUGGUAAUGGAGCGCCGCAAAGACCAAUAUCAACCGGUUAUCGAACAAGUGGGCACCUAUGAUCCGAUUCCGAACGAGCAUGAUGAACAGUUGGUAUCGUUUAAUUACGAGCGCAUUCGACAUUGGAUUGGUAGUGGAGCGCUCAUUUCAAAACCGGUGGCGGAAUUGUUAGGAAUUGCUGGUUUGCUUCCAGUGCACCCACACACCUACAUGACUGCAUGGAGAAACAGACAAAUGGCUGAAAAGCUGGCACAGAUUGAAGCAGUUAAAAAUGCAGAACAAACAGAAAACAAGACUACCAGCAGUUGAACAUGAUUUUGUUCAAAAUCUACGUAUUAUUGCGCCUGUAGACAAAUUUGUACCAAACAAUUUGUUGGAUCUUUCGUGAAGACAACGUGUGGCAACAUUUGAAUAGUGCGAAGCGUUAAAAUUGCACAGUACUUGAACCAGCACUUGAAUGGAUCCAACUUAGAAUUUGACGUUCAAGUCCUCACGUGUCCUCAUUCAUUAGUAAUAAACGAAUAUUAAAAUAUUUGAAUGUGCUAUUCGUAUUAGUUCCAUCAUUAAAAGAAACCAACAGUGGCUCUUGUUUCAUAAUCCCUGGUUGGACAAUCGCAAACGGUUUGUUGAGAUAACGUCCGUAACCCGUGAGAUACGCUUUCAUGUUUCGGGCAACAGAAAUUUUCGUCAAUUUCAUGUUAAGCGUGCCAGAUUUCAUUUCGGAUCUAUGUAGAGACCGACUGUUGUGAGAAUACAAAUUUGCAUAGUGAGAUAUCUCAAAACAUCAAAAAAUUAC